CGUCAAUCAAACCCACGAAGAAGAAAAACUGACUCACCAUGGCUACUGUUGACACUGGGGUAAAGCCCCUUCAAAAUGCCAUGAAAAUGGCAAAAGUUGCCAUUCAGCUGGACGGUGGGAACCAACACAAGGAAGCUUACUGUGAAUAUCUUCGAACUAUCAACUACAUUUCACAUGCACUUUUGGAGGAAGCAGGAUCACAAAAAGAGAGUGAGACGGUGGCAGUGGAGGUUGAGCGAAUGUUGAGACUGGCAGAGCAGUGUCUGGAGCGAGCCAAGUCAUUUAUAGGGAAGAGCACUGAUAGCCCAAACCACCCUGACACUGCUUCUGCUCCCCCUGUCUGUCCGCCCAGCCUGUCAGAGCCCAGUCACACUACUGAAACCACAGCUUUAAACACUGUUUCUCCAUGUGAUUUUCUGGUUGACAAAGAGCGUAAAGUGACCAGCCCAACAAAGACCGGUCACCGCAGGGUUAUGUCAGAUGGUAGUGGGGAACUCUCCCCAUUUCUGCCUCCUGAAAUCUUCCAGCGAUUACAAACGGUGGAGUCACAGGAUGCCUGCAAGAAAGAGCUAACACCCAUCGAAGAGGCUUCCCGUUUGAACCAGAAGUUGAAAGCCAAUUAUGAAGCCCGUCUGGCACGUCUCACUCCAGGCCAGGCCUAUCAAAAGACUUCUUUGACACUCUCUCUUCAGCGGCAGAUGAUGGAAAACCUCAUCAUAGCCAAAGCCAGACAGGAUGCUCUUCAGAGGAAGAUGGAGGAGAGAAGACUAAGACUGCAGGAAGAGGCUAACAGGAGGUUUGCAGCACCUGGAGCGAUGACAGCAGAGGAGCAAGAGCAGCGUAUUCUCUAUACUAAUGUCCUGGAGUAUGAGCAGGAUCAUGACUGGCCAAAACUGUGGAAAGCCAACUUGAGGAAGAAUCCAAAUGACAUCACAUUAGUGUCAGGACUUGUCUCCUACCUGCUCAGCCGGUCUGACCAUCCUGUGGUAAAGCUGCUGAGAAAACACCAGUACAAAGUUUACAACAGACUCUACCCCAUCGUCAGUAAAGGACUGCUCCAGAGUCCUGGCCAACAGCUGAGGCCUUCUCGCAGCACUCACAAUUUGCUCCAUCCAGAGACGCCGAGGAAGCCAGCCAGAACAGCAGGCAGUAGUGUUGGUGGUCAGAGCUUCAGCACUGGCUCUUCUCCCUCACUUUCUCACAGCCUCCACACAAACUAUGACGAUGAAGAAGGGGAGGAGCCACACACGCAGGUGACAGUGGAUCGGGAGAACUCAUUUGAAGAUCUGGAACAGUUUCUGACCCAGUUAGAUUGGACUGAACCCAACAGCAGCACAGAUGACACUGGUUUAGAUUUAGAGCAGACCACUGAUCCCUCCAUGCAGUUGGAGCAGGAAGAUGGAAACUUCCAAGAGUUGGAAUUGAGAGCUCUGAACGAACACCUGAAGGCCAUUGUCAAAGACAUUCACAUAGCAAUUGAUCAGCUUCUGUCACUGUGCUUGCUGUCCUUUGAGUGCCUGAACACAGCCACCUCUAAAGAUCUCUGUCUGGCCAGCAUAGAGGAAGCCUUCUUCACACCCCUGUGGAGCGCUCUGGUGGCUCUUUUCAGGAGGGUCCACAGAGAGAGAGAGCAGGCUUUUGAGAUGAGCAUGAAACUUUUCAGAGAUGCAUCACCUGGAGAUGUUGGUGUUCCAUUGAAACUGUUCCCCAAAGACCCUGGCACACUACAAGGAUCCUACCCCUAUGAGUCUGCUGUUCAGGAGCUAAAGCUUCUCGUAAAAGACUGCUGUCCACAAAGAAAGUUAGAAUGUAUUGUAAGAACACUACGGCUGAUUUGUGCCUGUGCUGAGGAUUACAGGAGUAUGAAUGAGGGGGACUUGACACCCAGAACUGCUGCCAUUGGAGCUGAUGACCUGUUGCCAAUCCUGUCUUUCGUGGCUCUGCGGUGUCAGUGUCCUCAGCUGGUGGCUGAAUGUGCUGCUCUGGAGGAGUUCAUUCAUGAAGGCUACUUGAUAGGAGAAGAAGGUUACUGUCUGACCUCCAUGCAGAGUGCCUUGGCCUAUGUUGAGUCUUUACACACCGGAGGAGCUCAUCUUUCUGCCAACAAACUCACCUGAUAGAGGCACGGCUGUCAUCAGACCCUCUGGAUGCUUCAUCCUGCCCUCCCCGCUGCACUACAGAGAAACAACUUAACCUGCAGCUCCCUGAAUGCUGCGCAGAUGCACGUUAUCUCACAUGGAAACACUGUAUAUUUACCAGGACUUCCUUUUGCUCAGUCCCUGACAGAAGAGUAAACCAGUGCCUAAGAAUGGUUUGUAACCAGUCAGACCCUACAUAGGGUCAGGCUAGGCUUUGAUGUGACUUCCUUCAGAUGUUUUUUUGAACAGUAAAAAGGUACAAUAACUCGCACUGUUAUUUUAAAGGGAUUACUGUGAGGUUGAUACCAGAGGGAACCGUUUGAUUGAAUGCCAUUGAUUGAGUGCUCCUCUGCAUUUGAAAUGAAAGUAUAUCGUGUUUUUUAAUUUCCUACUAAUGAGGCACUUUGCGAGCAUGUUUUUGUCUGUUUAUAUGUUUUAAAGACUGGUGGCAGAAUCAGUCCAACAACUCAAUAUUUUAUCUAAAUGUAUGCACUUUGGUUAAUGAAGCGUUUAGAGUUGAUGCUACACUGGAGGACUGUUUUGACAGAAGACAGUGAAUCUAUUGGCAGACUUACUUGUCCACUAGGCAGUUCAUUUGUCACUCUCUGCCUGUCUUGUAAAAGGAAUAACCACUGUGGGCUGUGAGGUCCAGCUUGCAGUGUCUGUUGUCAGUCACUUUGUUUGCAUACAUGUAACAGCAUGUUGAAUAAGUAAGGCAUACAGAAUUCUGCUUGUUUACUGUAUGCUGGUGCUUACUGUCUGUCAUUAUACUGCUGCACUUUGUUGAUCCAUUUUUAAGUGUGUUUGUGUGAUAAUUUGCAAGGUAAGCCAGAGAGACUGUGAAGAAAGUGAACAAAAAUUGACUGUUUUGAUUUUUUCUUUUUGCAUUGUUUCCUGAUUUACAUUUAUUUUUGUUGCUUUGUAUGUGUGCUUGUUAUUUACCUUUUUUAUUUGAUAAGGUCCAAAAUCAUCAAACUGUUUAAAGAACUUCAGUAGCUCUUUUUUUCAAACCAACGUUUAUUGUUCUGUAGUUUUAACCAAGGCCCCAGUGCUUUCUUGAUGUCUGCUGUUUCUCCAAGUUUCCGAAAAGAUGACAUUUAGAAAUUCAGUAAUAAGAAAAGUUAUGAGAAGCGUGGUUUCAAAUGGAUCUUCUCAUGUUAACUUGACAAGACUGAAUAGUCCUCUUGACAAAUAUUUAAAGGUACACGGUGUAAUAUUUAGCUUAGUAGCACUGAGCGAAACACACUUGGUAAAAAUGUAACAUAAUAUUUAUAAGUAGGCCGAUCUUAAUUACCUGAAUAUGUAAAAUAGUUUUAUUAUCAUUUUGGUCCCUCCUGUGGAACUGUAGAAACUUUUAAGAUGCAAAAAUCAAAUAUGACAGAGACCAUGGAGGGUUCCCUCCCCAUGUAAAUAAAAAGGCUUGUUGUAGUUAAUAAGAGUAAAUUGAUUUUUUAUCCAGCUGAUUAAACACCAAUUUAGAGAGGCCUCCUUCUAGAUAUUAUGUCCUAGUUCUAUUAAGUUUGCUUUGCUAAAUGCUGCAAGGCUAAAUAUCACACACAUAUAUCACAUUUUCCAUGAGGCCAUUCAGGCUGUACAUAAAGGAUCUGACAUUUGCAUUGAAUUUCUCCAAAUCAUGUGACCAUUUUCUUAAGCAGCGUUCUUUUAAGUCUUAAGUGUGUCUUUAUCUACUUCAGUUAUUAUUGUCUUAAUAUGCCUGUCUUUGUUUUAACCUCUGUGUCAAGUUUUUCUGUGUGGUAGCAUUAAUGGAGCUCAAACCUCUGCAUGAAUUUUGUGAAAUGGCCAUUUUUGUAGGCAAUGUCAUUUUUAGACUUUUUUUUUUUACAUAGAAAUUCCAAAUUCAUGACCAUCCUGCGAUUAAAACUAUGAUUAGUGAAUAAUGUAUAGGAGAGUUUAGUAGUGUUUAAACAGGGAUGCCUCCACUGUCAUUUACAGAAUGAAAACACAGUUUUAGAGGUCAUUUUAUUGUAUGUGUUUGCUUGAAUUUCAUAUUUAAUAGUUAUUUUUCAGUGAGCCCAAAAGAUGUGAAAAGAUGGCAUAUGAGCUGUUUUGAAUUUCUAACUGCUACCUGCAUUUAGAGUCAUGACUACCAAAACAGAUUACUGUAUAUGUAAUUAAUAAUAAUGUGAUUAUGCUUAGAACAGCAGGGGGCUGUUUGCAAAGUGGAUAAAGCCACUGCAUUUAUGUAAACAAUUAAUUGUUUGUUGUGUGUUUAUUUUGUAAACUGAAUGAUAAUCUUAUUCCAUUAUUAUUUUUUACAGUCAAAGGUUGGAAAUGUUAGAAGAAGAAGGCUGAAUGUGUUUAAGAGACUAGUCCAUAAAUAAAACAGAGAAAUGCUUUAAUUA